AUGGUGAGAAAAUGCAGAAAAUCAAAAGGGAUGGUCGAAGCUGGAUGUGUAAGGUCUACGUAUAUGCAGCUUCGUAACCGGAGAGUCGUAUACGUCACCGUCGAUCGCAGAUCGGAAAACUCUAGCUCCGUCGCCGACGUCGUUGAUCAUAACAAUGGAGUUACUUCGUCGAAUUUGUCGUCUUGUUGCGCGAGCAACGAUUAUAGAAACAACAACAACAACGUCGUCGUCGACGAUGGUGGAUUUAUAGAUCUGGAGGAGGAAAGAGACGGUGACACUGAAACGUCGACGUAUCGACGGAGUACGAAGAGGAAGCUAUUUGAGAAUCUUAGCAGAGAGAAAGAAUCGAGCUUUUCAAUGGAGAAGUCACCGGAAAUUGCGGUUGAGUUUGAUUCGGUGAUUAAAGAGUCAUCGGAUUGUUGUUGCAGCGGGAGGAGAUCUUUGUCGACGGCGGAGGAGAAGCCGGAGUCGACGAUGGAGCAACCGACGGAAGCGGAAAUUGAAGAUUUUUUCGCGGUAGCAGAGAAACAGCUCGAGAAUAAAUUCAAGAAGAAGUAUAACUUUGAUUUCGAGAAGGAGAAGCCAUUAGAAGGACGUUACGAGUGGCUUAAAGUAUCAGAGUGA